ACUUUACUCUGCUGUGUCAGUCACCAUGGUGGCAUACAACGGAGCACAGCGGCGGACCUAUCUCCACUUUUAGACCCAUUAAAAAUGUUAAUAUAAUGAAUUUUAUCAGUGAGUGUACUCGGGUCUACCUCUCAUAAUGGACGCCAGGUUGUUGUUGGCGGGAUAACUGUACUUUUUUGUUUGCUGGAUCCUACAUGUAAUUUCUUUUCGUCGCUAGCAGAAUGCCGAAGAGACAAGGAAUGGCUUUGAUGAACGUUUGCUUGAAUAAAGGGGCAUUUUUUACAUAAGGAAAAUAACUCUAAAGAGACAGUUUGAGCCGCGCUUUUAAAACAAGUUAUCUCUCGGUGGGACUGGUGUUGGCAGCCGACUUCGGCUCGGGCAACAGAAAGACAGACACCCCGAGGAGACUGCUCGGCUGUCUGGCUCCAGUCGUGGCCUGGCUCUGGGCACUCCCAGCUUAUCCGCUAGCAUUGGACCACAGGCGACAAGAAUAAAGCAAGACAGCAACUUCUUUUGUGUAUAUCCGUGGCGCUGGAUAUUUAUUAACAAUUAUUUGGGAUAAGGAAUUCAAUACCCUCUGGACGACGUCUUCCAAAACAAUGGCGUCUUAUGUGGAUAACAGCUUUCGGCAAGCUGUGAUGAUGAAUCCGGCUGAAAGGACGCAACAGGACCUGGAGAUUGUCUACUCGUAUCUCCACGGGAUGGAGGCCUUGUCGAACCUGCGAGAGCACCAGCUGAGGAUAAUGUGUGAGACGGUGCGUUAUGAGAGACAUGAGGCCAAUGAAGUGCUAUACUACCCUGACGACAUCGGAAGCUGCUGGUACAUCCUGUUGUCUGGCUCAGUCUUCAUCAAGGAGUCCAUGUUCCUUCCCAGAAGCAGUUUUGGGAAGCGAUCAGCAGGCAGCUUGCGGCGUGGAUGUGAGUGCAUCGUCCUGGAACCCUCAGAGAUGAUUGUGGUGGACUAUAUGGAUGAAAAUGAGGAGUACUUUCAGCGGCAAGCCUCGCACAGACAGUCCCGUCGGCGCUUUCGGAAGAUCAACCAGAAAGGGGAGCGGCAGACAAUCAUCGACACCGUGGAUCCGUACCCCACCGGAAAGCCGCCCAUAGCCCGGGGAUACCACACGCUCCCUGCAGACUUCAGCAGACUUCACCUGGCCGACGCCUUGCACCCACAGGUGACCCACGUCUCCUCCAGCCACUCAGGAUGUAGUAUCACCAGCGACUCUGGAAGCAGCAGCCUGUCAGACAUUUAUCAGGCCACAGAAAACGAACCAGGUGACAUGGACCUGAGUGGCUUGCCAGAGACCGCCGUUGACUCCGAGGAGGACGACGAUGAGGAGGACAUCGAGCGAGCGUCUGACCCCCUCAUGAGCCGUGACAUUGUGCGAGACUGCCUGGAGAAGGACCCCAUGGACAGAACCGACGAUGACAUAGAGCAAUUACUGGAGUUCAUGCAUCAGCUGCCAGCAUUUGCCAACAUGACCAUGUCAGUGAGGAGGGAACUCUGCGCCGUCAUGGUUUUCGCUGUGGUGGAACGUGCCGGCACCAUCGUUCUCAAUGAUGGAGAGGAGCUUGACUCGUGGUCGGUGAUUCUGAACGGUUCGGUGGAGGUGACGUACCCUGAGGGCCGGACAGAAAUCCUAUGUAUGGGAAACAGUUUUGGGGUGUCACCAACCAUGGAGAAGGAAUACAUGAAGGGCGUGAUGAAGACCAAGGUGGAUGACUGCCAGUUUGUGUGCAUAGCCCAGCAGGACUACUGCUGCAUCCUCAACCAGGUGGAGAAGAACAUGCAGAAGGUAGAAGAGGAAGGGGAGAUCGUUAUGGUGAAGGAACACCGCGAACUGGAUCGCACUGGCACCAGGAAAGGACACAUCGUCAUUAAGGGCACAUCGGAGCGUCUCACCAUGCACCUGGUGGAGGAACACUCAGUGGUGGAUCCCACCUACAUCGAGGACUUCCUGUUGACCUACAGGACCUUCCUCUCCAGCCCCAUGGUCGUGGGCAAGAAGCUCCUGGAGUGGUUCCACGACCCCAGUCUCAGGGACAAGGUUACACGGGUAGUCUUGCUGUGGGUAAACAAUCACUUUAAUGACUUUGAGGGUGACCCUCCCAUGACUCACUUUCUGGAAGAGUUUGAAAACAAUCUGGAGAAAGAAAAAAUGUGUGGGCACCUCAGACUGUUAAAUAUAGCAUGUGCUGCUAAAGCCAAGCCACGGCUGGUGACGCUAACCAAGCCUUCUAGGGACUCUCCACUGGCCUUCAGCCUUCUCGGAGGUCAGGAGAAAGGUUUCCGCAUCUUCAUUGAUGCCGUGGAGCCUGGGAGCAAGGCAGCAGAAGUUGGCCUUAAGCGUGGAGAUCAGAUCUUGGAGGUCAAUGGGCAGAACUUUGAGAAUGUCCAGCUCAACAAAGCCAACGAGAUUCUGAAGAACAACACCCACUUGUCCAUAACUGUGAAAACUAACCUUUUAGUGUUUAAAGAGCUGCUAACCAGGCCAGAACAAGACCACGAUUUGGAUGGUGAGGAGGAACAUGACAGAAAGAACGGUGCGCCCCACCUUCCAAAGAUCGGAGACAUCAAGAAGGCCAGUCGCUACUCCAUCCCCGACCUGGCAGUGGACGUGGAGCAGGUGAUGGGCCUGGAGAAGGUCAGCAAGAAAGCAAAGGCCAACUCGGUGGGAGGACGCAACAAACUGAAGAAGAUCUUCGACAAGACGCUCACCAGCAUCCUGCCUCCUAAACCAUACAAUGACGUUUGCGUGGGCCAAUCACAGGACGACAUCAUUGUGGGGAUGAAGCAGUCCAAACAGAUCGCACCAGCUCUGCCCGUUAGUGGAAACCUCUCGUCUUCAAACCCAGACCUUCUGCAGUCUCACCACCGCAUCCUCGAUUUCAACAACCAGCCUGUCCCAGUCAUACUGAAUAUGUCGGACCAGGUAUUACGAGUCUUCAAGGCAGACCAGCAGUCUCGAUACAUUAUGAUCGGGAAGGACACGACGGCGAAGGAGGUUGUGGCUCAGGCUAUCAGGGAGUUUGCCCUGACUGCAGCAGCAGAGGCUUAUUCACUGUGUGAAGUAUCCGUCACACCUGAGGGCGUCAUCAAACAGAGGCGGUUGCCAGACCAGCUGUCUAAACUAGCCGACAGGAUUCAACUAAGUGGCAGAUACUACCUAAAGAGCAACAUGGAGACAGAGACGCUAUGUUCAGACGAGGACGCUCAGGACCUCCUGCGAGAAGGCCAGAUCUCUUUGUUACAGCUCAGCACAGUGGAGGUUGCCACUCAGCUCUCCAUGCGGGCCUUUGAACUUUUCUGUGCCAUCGAGCCCACUGAAUACAUCGACGACUUGUACAAGCUGCGCUCCAAGACGGGCUCGGCCAGCCUGAAGCGCUUCGAGGAGGCCAUCAACCACGAGACCUUCUGGGUGGCCACGGAGGUGACGCGGGAGCCCAACCAGCUCAAACGCAUGAAGACCGUUAAGCACUUCAUCAAGAUCGCCCUGCACUGCCGCGAGUGCAAGAACUUCAACUCCAUGUUCGCCAUCAUCAGUGGUCUGAACCUGGCUCCAGUCUCCAGAAUGAGGGGAACAUGGGAGAAGCUGCCCAGCAAGUACGAAAAGCUGUUCGGGGACCUGCAGGACCUCUUCGACCCCUCAAGAAAUAUGGCCAAGUACAGGAAUGUCCUCAACAAUCAGAACCUCCAGCCACCAAUCAUCCCCCUGUUCCCCGUCAUCAAGAAGGACCUCACCUUCCUACAUGAAGGUAACGACUCCAAAGUGGACGGCCUGGUGAACUUUGAGAAGCUGAGGAUGAUUGCCAAAGAAAUUCGCCAUGUUGGUCGCAUGGCCUCCGUCAACAUGGACCCGGCCCUCAUGUUCCGGACCAGGAAGAAGAAAUGGAGAAGUUUAGGCUCCCUAAGCCAGGGUAGCGCUAAUGCGGCAGUGCUCGACGUCAACCAGACAGGCGGGCACAAGAAGAGGGUGCGACGCAGCUCCUUCCUGAACGCUAAAAAGCUUUACGAGGACGCCCAGAUGGCCAGGAAGGUCAAACAGUACCUGUCCAACCUCAGCCUGGAAACGAACGAGGAGAGUCUGCAGACGCUCUCGGUGCAGUGUGAACCCUCCAUCAGUACAUUGCCCAAGAAUGCCGGUGGGAAACGGCCAGACACCUCCCCAGUCGUGUCCAGAGCUGCCAGCCAACAGAGGGGCCAGUUGGCCAAAGGAAACCAGGCCCUGCAGGUCCCCGCUGUGGCCCUUUACCCAUCCCGAAAGAAAGUGCCAGUCAAGGAUCUCCCACCUUUUGGCACCAGUUCCCCUCAGUCUCUGAAGAAGAUCCUGUCUCUGUCAGAGGAGGGGAACGAAAGGCACCGGAGGCAGCCAGAGGACACUGUGUCCAACGCCUCCUCCCAGCUCUCCUCCCCUCCCAUCUCCCCCCAGAGCUCACCCAAGAAGGGUUACAACAGAAUGGGAGACGCCUACUCGGACUCCGGUCACAGUGAGAUCUCCUCUCGCUCCAGCCUCGUCAGCAACUCCUCUUUCGACAUGGCGCAGGAGGAGAGGAGGCUCCGUCACUCUGGAGGAGUCGGGGAAUCACACAUCGGAGGACAGCGGCUGGAACGAAGAGCCACCACCGACCCCGACCAGUACAGCCUCGGGUCAUAUUCAUCGAUGCAGGACUGUCGAGGCAUUUACACCGGCUGCCCUACAGUGCUCUCCUCCCCCAGUUCGGAGGAGCUGACCCAGGAUCAGGGCGAUCGUGUUUCCCUCGAUGCUGCAGACAGCGGCCGCGGCUCCUGGACUUCCUGCUCUUCUGGUUCCCACGACAACAUUCAGACCAUGCAGCAGGGGCGUAGCUGGGAGACUCUGGCCUUUGGUGGAGGUGGAGGCGGAGGGGGCAUUGGAGGACUCCCUCCUGGCGGACCAGAGGCCUUAUUAGGAGGGCCUGCUGCUCUGUGGGCAGCCCAGGCCAGGGGGAGCUGGGCAUCCGCCAGCUCCUCCUCAUCCUCCGCUGCGUACUGGGGAGAGGACUCUGAGGGAGACACUGGCACCAUUAAGAGGAGAGGAGGGAAGGACGUCAAUGCCGACCCAGAAACAAGUAGCAUCACAUCCACCGGGUCAGAGGAGGCCAAGCAGCUCGGCCGGCCCUCACCAUCACCUAUCACCGCUGGGGGUAAAGGCCUCCUUUCGCGGAAAGAAAGCCGUUACCGGGAGCCUCCCCCAACUCCCCCCGGCUACACCGCCCUGACCAUCUCCGACCUCGCUGAAGUGCAGCACCCGGCCGCCCCAUCUGUUACCACGUCCACGGCGACCCACUCAGGCCGCCGGCCACCAGACUACACCACGGCUCUGCAGCGCUCGCGCAUGGUCACCCAGUCGCCCGACUCCCACCUGGCCCACCAGGGGGCCAAACAGCGAACGGGCGGCCUCCACCGCACACGCUCACCGGCCGAGGAACAAGAAGCUGAGGAGGAAGAGGAGGGUGAGUCCUUGUCUUCCAAACUAAUCGCUCUGAGGAAGCCAAAGCCACUGGCACAGCAUACACCUGAGACUCCCAGACCAUGAGAGUGUGUGUACGGGGGUUAACAGGCCCCAAGGCAGAGGAUGAACAGGUGUCAGCGGUCUGAGGGACAACCGUGGACGUCCUUUUGCAGUAACUUGAAGGCCCCCUGGUUUGGGGUGGGCAGGAUUAAAGAGACUGACAGAUAGACAGACCAAUGGACUCAUCAGUUACGUACGUGCCUGCCUCCUCCACUUGGCUCUCCCUCCUGAUUGGUGGAUUCCUCUGCUCGUCUCCCUCCCCUGCCUUAAAGCAUCAUACGGGGUUGAAUGACCCUGCAUGCAAAAAAAUACUGUGAAGAAGAGAUGGAGAGAAGGUCAAAGACGAUGACAAAAUGCCUGGCACUUUUUGGAAAAAGACUACAGAAACCUAACUGGUGCCAGGAGGGUCAACCUGGCCACAAACACACAAAACCACAUAGAUGUUGGAGCGGUUCCUUAAGACCGUCCCUCCUCCCAGUGACAAAACCCCGAACCCACCUGUUAACACAACAGCAUCAAGACGUGUUGAGCUUCAUCUGCACUUUCUCAUUUUCUACUUUCGGAAAAAAACAGAACAAAUAAAAAGAAAACAGACGUUUGUUUGAAGACCGAGAGAAACCACGAUUGACUUGACUCUUAAAUCUUCAACUUCCCACUAGGUUUCUUUUUUUUUUUUUUUUUUUUUGUAAUUUUCUCUGACUGAUUGCACUCUGGGGGCCGAAAAAGAGAAACCAAGUCAGCCCAUUUCUCUGCUUGGACUGAAACAACCUGUCAAUCUGUUGUCGAGUGUUUGAACUCUAAAUCCAGUAUUAUCUCGUUUCACAUGUGAAAGCUUAUCAAGUGUUGGUUCAAAUCAAAGCUAGGAGGAGAGCCCAGAAGGGAGAACCAACAUGCACAGUGUACUGACAUACCUACAUGCACACACACAUACACAGCGUACAUUUUAUGUACCAGUACAUACACAAAAACACAAUUAAUUAAAAAAGAAAAAUAGCACUUUCAGCACAAUCCUAGAUGUUACCAGACAUUUGGUCUGGAUACCAGGGUAUGAGUGAACCAUAUCUUACUGUCAUCCCACUUUGGAGCUCGUCUGGUUAUAUCAAAGUCUUUUCUUCAUCAUGUUGCUUGCUGUUACAUUGAACGUAUAAUGCUUUGUUACUGGCCUGUAGAUGAUAUCAAGAAGCACAGAGGUGAUUGACUGAAAACCGAGCGAACAUGUUGGACACCAUCGUGUUGGUCUCUACAGUGCAUCAGAGCUACACAAAGUAACUAAAGUUUAGCUGCAGCUGCAAUAGAAAAGAUGUUUUCCUGGAGCUUGACCUUUUUAAGCCCAAAUUAAAAGCUGAUGUGCGGUAUGGACGCUGGCAGGAAAUGUUAUAAUCUCACAGCAACUUGUGAAUCAUAGCACAAACUGUGAGCAGUAAGCGGGCACUCACUGACAUUAGAAACGUUGCCUCUCGUUCCUUUAUUUUGGUAUGAAGGGAUCACAAACCCACAUCAGCAUAUUUCAGAAGCUGCCAUCUGUAAAUUGUCAGUGUACCUGUAUGUACCUUUUACAAAUGAUCUUGUACAGAGUCUUAUAACACAUAUUUCCCUUUAAGAUAAAAGUAUCCACAAAUUCAGAUUUGGCUUUUUUUCCAACGUGAACAUAUGCCACAUUUUGUGAAUGUCCAAAGCGCCUUACAAUGCCAUGAUUGCAUACAUUUCUUUUACAUGGUUGUUCCCAUCACAAAUCACCUCGUUUCAAGAGCAGUCUUGAAUCAAGCAAAUAGUGGAGUGAAAUGCCUUAUUCAAGAUUUUCCCCCAAGACUUUUUUUUUUAAUAUGUUAAGACUCAGUACAAGAUGAAGCCAAGCAUUUUCUUUGUUUUGUUUUCACAUGGCGUCAGACUUGCUGUGGCCAUUACGUGUUACAGUGUAGAUCUUUUUGUCUACACACAGAGCGACCUCUCCCUCUGCUGUUGUGCUCAUAGAUUCAUCCUCCGAAACUCUUCUCACCUACUACAGACAAACAGCUCAGUAGAUGCUGUAUGUAAAUCGCUAACGCCUGCAUCCAGUUUUCCACUGUAUCUUGCCAUCAAAGGAAGUGACUGAAGAUUUUUAUGUUUUCUUUUUUAUCUUGGACUCCGGUGGGGAAGUUGAUAUAUGAAGAAAACCUUUUCAAGGCUGCCAAUCAGUACGCUUAGAAAUCCAAUUGUGAAAAGUAACUUUUUUUGUUUUUGUUUUCUUCUAUCACUGAGUCGCACUGAUCACAUUGAUCAGUCUUGGAAACUACAGACUGAGAAAAAGAUGAAUGAGUGCAGUGUUUUCCACUGUGGUCUGUGACUAUACACUAAUUUCCUGGGUUUCUUUUUGUUAUUGUAAUUUUGUUGUAAUGGCUGCAGAUGGAUUGUUAAUAAUUUGUUUGUAAUACAGUGGUGACAUGCAUCAUUCACUUUCAUUCAACUCUGAAGAUAAUGUGCAUAUUAGCGGGCCGAGUCCUACUUCGAAAAACAAAAAGUUGCACAAAAAUGUACAAGCAUAAAGAUAAGUGUAGUAGGUAGAACUGCUACUCCGUUUGAUGUGUGAUGUCAGUGAGAAAUGUACAUUUAGCUGGUGAUGACCUUCUUUUCUUCAUUCUUUCUUGUACUACUUUGACCUGUAUGUCUUUUAAAAAGACAAUUGGUGGAGUACGUAUCGGUUGUUUUUGUAUUUUUAAUACAAUAAUUGUAAAUAUUGGUUAUAUUUUUGUUCAAAUGUACUAUGUUUAUGCCUCAACAUCCAGUUUAUAUGAAGCUGGGAAUCAAUAAAUACUGCAUAAAGAAUCAACACAUAGGUUUAAAUGCACUUAUUCAUUUCAAUGUCUUUCUUUUCCAAUUCGUUUUUUUUCUUUCAGAGGAUUUCCCCCCAGAUACCGUCUAGUGUUUGCACAAGUCAUGGAAGCAACUUGAAAAGUGUAACUCUCAUACUUUUCUAUCUGACCACAGUGUGUCAGAAUUAAUAAAAAAGAGAUAUUGAA